AUGCCUCGCGACAGAAGCCUCUCGCCACGUCGGUACGACAAGAGGUCUCAGGGAGAAAGCUCGCGCGGCGACCACCAGCAUCAUCGCUCCUAUCGCGACAAUUAUAGAGACGAUCGGGACAGGAAGCACCGAGAUGACGAUCGUGAUGAUCGGGAUGCAAAACGUAGAGACCAUCGGGAUCGGGAUAGCGGUAGAUACGACAGCAAGCAUGGCCGCUCUUCGCACGCUGAGCGAAAGCGAUCAUACGACAGCGAUGAAGAUGAAGCGGAGCGACGAGAGCGCAAACGAGAGAAGAAGUGAGUCGCCUUGCCAUCUCGAGUCUUGCUCAUCCCUACUUGGCGCAUACUGAGGCAUUUGCUCUGCGUGCGUCAUCUCUAGGGAGCAGGAAAGAGCAGCACGAAAGGCGGCCAAGCGAGCAGCCAAAGAGGAGGACGAGGCCUCUGCGCAAAGAGCCAUGGCGGCCGAGGCGCUCAUGUACAGCGCAGAGGAUAAUCCAUUUAAUGACGCAGAUCUCAGCAGCAAGUUCAAAUGGCGUAAAAAGGAGGACAAGGAGAAGAAGCAAGGAAUGAGCAGAGCUGAAGCCGAGGCGAGGGAUGCAGAGAGACGAAGAGAAGCGAUGGCGAGUAGCGCAUAGAACCAAACUGGUCCUAUCAUAUGUAUGCUCGCGCUGAUACCGUUGGCUCCCCUUCCCCGAGCAGGAAGAGAUCGCGCGGCUGA